AGCCCGGGUGAAAAGCAGGGGAAAGGACUGGGCUCGCGUCUCUGGGGAGGCGGAAAGAGGAAGAAAACACACGCCCACCUUCCUGCUGCGUGUAACGGCUCCGUGGUGAACGCUGGGACUCGGCGAUCUGCUCGCUAAUACAGUUUGGUCAAUCAAGUUCAUGAACUCAUCCUAGAAAUAGUAUUACAUAUCUCAUUGCUGAGUGUCACUAUGGUCACCUUUGAAGGACUCAUCCUGGGAAGCUAUACAUUGACACCAGCAUCUAGUCCACCCUUCGAAGCAAUUUUGGAACUCUUUCUGGAAUGGCCAUCAUUCUAGUUUCUCGAAGUGCAGACCGGCGCUUGUGCCCCGCAAGACAAGAUGAUGAAGGCAGUGUGUGUGUUGCAGGGCGACGGUGCAGUGCAGGGCACCAUCCACUUCAAGCAGCAGGGGAAUGAACCAGUUAUGGUAAAGGGACACAUUACAGGACUGGCUGAAGGUGAUCACGGAUUCCAUGUCCAUCAGUUUGGAGAUAAUACACAAGGCUGCACCAGUGCAGGUCCUCACUUUAAUCCUCAAUCCAAAAAACAUGGUGGGCCAAAAGAUGAAGAGAGGCAUGUUGGAGACCUGGGCAAUGUGACUGCUGGCAAAAAUGGUGAGGCCAUUGUAUCUAUUGAAGAUUCUAUGAUCUCACUCUCAGGGGAACAGUCCAUCAUUGGCCGCACAAUGGUGGUCCAUGAAAAACCAGAUGAUUUGGGCAAAGGUAGAAAUGAAGAAAGUACAAAGACGGGAAAUGCUGGAAGUCGAUUGGCUUGUGGUGUAAUUGGGAUUGCCCAGUAAACAUUCCCAA